GUUGAACAGAAAAUCCCGAAAAGAAAAGUUGCAAAAGAAACAUUUAGGAAAAUUAAAAAAUUUGCUACAUUUUGAUAAUGGUAAGUACGCCGCCCUCUACACUGUAGCCUACCAGAUGCCGGGAAGCGUGAAUUGAACGUGCAAAUUGACUAACCAAUCGAGAACAAGAGACUCCAACAUUUUUUAACUGGACCUCUGCCGACGACGUCAACGCCCCCGCCACUCCAGCUCCCGCCCCCCUUAUUUACACACACAAAAAAAAAUUCACCCACAAUGUACCCAUGGAGCUCAUCCUCGUAUAGCGGGCAAGCACCCAAUUCUGUUGAUGCUAGGACCAUGCCCAAUGGUUUGGAUGACCAGGAGAAGCUACUGGCCGAGGCGGUAGGUGCGGCCCGCAAGCAGGCAUUCCAGAUGAAUCAUUUUCUGGACAAAGAACGUAUGUUGGAUGCACUGAAAUGUGCCAGCACCAUGUUAAGCGAAUUGCGCACUUCUUUGCUAUCGCCAAAGAGUUACUACGAGUUGUAUAUGGCUGUGACGAACGAACUAUGCCAUAUGGAGAUAUAUCUUAGCGAGAAAAGCAAUAAAGAGACGGAUUUAUAUGAAUUGGUCCAAUACUCGCACACCAUAGUGCCACGCCUUUAUCUCCUGAUCACAGUGGGCAUUGUCUAUAUCAAGAAUGAUUCGACACUGAAGCGUAGUAUUCUUAAGGAUCUGGUUGAGAUGUGUCGCGGUGUACAGCAUCCACUUAGAGGUCUAUUCCUGCGCAACUAUUUGCUUCAGUGCACCCGCAACAUUCUGCCCGAUGUUCUUGUGGCGGACAAUGAGCACGAGGGCAAUGUUUAUGAUGCCAUUGAUUUUGUCCUCACGAAUUUUGCGGAAAUGAAUAAACUGUGGGUCCGUAUGCAGCAUCAGGGACACUCAAGUGAGAAGACGCGACGGGAGAAGGAGCGUGAAGAACUUAAAAUAUUGGUGGGCACCAAUUUGGUGCGUCUCUCGCAAUUGGAAUCUGCCACGUUGGAGACAUAUCAGCGUUUAAUAUUGCCGGGCAUACUGGAACAGGUGGUCAGCUGUCGUGACGCAAUUGCCCAAGAGUAUUUGAUGGAGUGCAUUAUUCAGGUCUUUCCCGAUGAGUUCCAUUUGCAGACUCUGGAUCCAUUCCUGAAAUCAUGUGCCCAACUGGAGACGGGAGUGAAUGUUAAGAAUAUUAUUAUAUCGUUAAUUGAACGUUUGGCUGCCUAUAAUCAACGCAGUGGCAAGUCCAGUGGCAAUGCCAUCGAUGCCAUUAUACCCGCCGAGGUGGAACUGUUUGAGGUGUUUAGCGUGCAGGUGGCCAAUAUUGUUCAGACAAGGAUGGACAUGCCAUUGGAGGAUACAAUAUCGCUGCAGGUUGCUCUAUUAAGUCUGGCCCAAAAAGUCUAUCCGGAUCGUGUGGAUUAUGUGGAUAAAGUGCUGGGCACUACGGCACAAAUACUCCAGCGUAUGAACAUGAACAAUAUUUCACAUCUGUUGUCGGUUAAUCAGGAGUUAUCCCGACUCCUGCGAAUUUGCAUUGAUUUCUAUAACAACGCCUUGACCAUUAUUCAGCUGCAUAAUUUCUGCCCCCUUCUCGAGACAUUCGAUUACACUUCGCGUAAAUCGUUGGCCCUGUAUUUGGUGAUGAAUAUAUUGGAAAAUGAGACUACAGUAUCCACUGCUGAUCAGGCUGACAGUUUAUUGACCAUUAUAACGCCUCUGAUCAAAGAUGACGAGACAUUAACGAAUAAGGAUAAUCCAUUGGGUGGUGGAUCUGGCAGCAAUAGUACCGAUGCCGAGGAAUUCGCCGAAGAGCAAGGCGUCGUAGCCAGGUUUAUACAUCUAUUGCGUUCCGACGAACCAGAUAUGCAAUAUAAAAUGCUUCAAACUGCCCGCAAACAUCUGGGCAACGGUGGAGGUCAGCGUUUAAAGCAUGUUCUGCCGCCCUUGGUCUUUGCUGCCUACCAAUUGGCCUUUAAAUAUAAGGCCAUUGCCGAACAAGAUGAAAAUUGGGAUAAAAAGUGUCAAAAGAUCAUACAAUAUUGUCAUAGCACGAUUAGUGCCUUGGCCAAGGCUGAUUUACCCGAUUUGGCGUUACGUCUAUAUCUGCAGGGAGCAUUGGUGAUUGGAGAGAUACGUUAUACCAACCAUGAGACAGUGGCCUAUGAGUUCAUGACACAGGCCUUCUCCCUCUACGAAGAUGAAAUAUCCGAUUCCAAAGCCCAAUUGGCGGCCAUAACCCUAAUCAUGUCCACAUUCGAGCAAAUGUCCUGUUUUGGCGAGGAAAACGCUGAGCCAUUGCGCACAAAUUGUGCCCUAGCUGCUUCCAAAUUGCUUAAGAAGCCAGAUCAAUGUCGUGGCGUUGUGGCCUGUGCGUCAUUAUUCUGGAGUGGCAAGAAAAACGGAGAGGAAAUGCGAGAUGAAAAGCGUACCUUGGACUGCCUUAAGAAGGGAGCACGCAUUGCUUCCCAAUGUCUAGACGCCGGAGUACAAGUGCAGCUAUAUGUGGAGCUAUUGAAUCAUUAUCUCUUUUACUUUGAACGCGGCAAUUCCCUCAUCACUGUGGCCAUGCUGAAUCAGCUAAUUGCCAAGGUUAAUGAGGAGCUACCCAAUUUGGAACCAAGUGAGGAGACAAAACAAAUUGAGAGCCAUUACAAAAAUACCAUAGCCCAUUUACGCAGUCGCAUGGAGUCCAAUGAUGCCAAUCUGGAAGUAUCCUUUGCUGGCAUCACUCUCAAUUAGCAAAAAUCAUAAGCUGAAUCUACGUCUGUCUGGCCUAUUUUUGUACUACUAAGCAAAAACCGAGCGAAAAAACAAACGAAAUAUUCCAAAACAAAAACAAAAUUUAGGGCAAAUGCUUAUUGAUCAUAAUUCUUCAGUUUUAAACAAUUUCUUUAACUCUUCCUGUCGAUUCUUUAACUUUCUAUAUUAUCUGAUUAUUUAAUUGUAAGUGCAAAGGAUAUAGUACAUGGCAAAAAGCAAAAAAAAAAAAAAAAAUAUAUACACAUUCUUAAUUAUUUCUCUGAUUUAAAAUUGUAUUUAGGUAUUAAAUAAAAUA